AUGUGGCUAUGUGUUAGCUUAGAAAACCAAGUUUUAAGCGAAAUUCGAUUCAAAUAUCGACUAGUUCAGAUAUGGUUACUGUUAGUGGUCCUAGCAAUUGCGAAAGUGCAAUCUAUACAAUUGGACCCUGGACCACAAACUAAUAUUGAAAAUACACCAGCAAAUCAAAAACCUCAAAAGAGGGAUGUUGUAAUUUAUCUAACACCUGACCAAAUUAAGGCCAUACAAGGGGAGAAAGGUUAUAUUAAUUCUCAGCAAAUCGAACAGACUGAAGCUUCUGAAGAAAAUCAGGAAGAAUCGGAACAGGCUCAACAAGAACAAGAGGAACUGUUCCAGUUAAGGUCUCUUGAAGAAGACUCACAGGCAUUAGAGGAGGAAGAAAAUGAUGUACCAAGAUUGAUACCAGUGGAAGAACCUAACUCAGAACAAGUUGAACAAGAUCCUCAAUUUUCAUAUGUAUACAGACCACCUCAAGACAGGAACUUUGUACCAACUUCUGAAGAUAAUUACGCUUUCCUAAGAUUUUUUGCCAAUCCUGAAGAACAGACUGAAGAAGAUCAACCUGAAUCAGAAGAAAGUGAAGAAGAAAGGGAAGAUAAUCAGCGAGAAGCAGAAUCAGGGGCUCAGUCAGAAUCUCAACCAGAAGCUCCUCAACAGCAAAUAUUUAGGUUGGUACCCUAUGAAGCUGCUACCGAGAAAAGCAUCUCCACAACCACAAAGUCUCCGCAAGAAAACCUUCUUAAAGAUCGCUGGCUUCGUAUAUUGGAACUAAAUCGUUCACAGUUAAGAAAGGCAUCGUCUGCACAAGAAAAAACUACUACUAACACAGAGCAAUUACAAGAUGAACUUGAGACUACUUUGUCUAAGUUGCGACGUUUGGCAACGAAUAAUAAUCAAAACCAGGCAGCUAAAAAUCAAGAUAUACGCAGAAAAAAUUUAUUAGAGCAACAAAAAGCUCUUAUUCAAGCUGAAGCUCGUGCUAAAAAUGCUCCUACUCAAAACCGUAAAAAAAACACAAAUACAAAACAGAACCAAGCACUUUUAAUUAAACAGGUAAAAGUUCCUACUCCCAUCUUAGUGCCGAUACCGGAGCCAUUUGAAGUAAAAGUUCCACAUCCCUUCCCUGUGCCAAUUGAGAUUUUCAAGCAAAGUUCUGCUCAGACAACAAAACCUAGGAAGGCGGAAGCGAAGAAACCCGCGACAUCAGUCCGAUCUGAAAGUGAGAAACGUGUUACGUCUCCUCAGAGACAAUCAGUUCCUACUGAAAGGUCAACCGUAGUAGAGCGCCGUGAACCCGCCGAUGAUGAGAAAGACAUUUCUGUAGAAAUCCCCUCACGAAGUAAAGAAAGAUUAACCAUUAUUCGACAUGUCUGGGAAAAAUAA